AUGAAUCAAGAGGAGCAAAAUGGCGGCGAAGAGUCCGUUUCCGCGGUGUACAUGCGGGAGCGGCAGGAGCGGAUGCUGAUGAUGAAGCGCAAGAACAUGGAGCGCGAGGAGAAGGAGGGCCGCCCAUCAGCGCGCCAGAGGCGAGCCGCUGACGGCGCUGGCGCUGGUUUCGGUGGUGGCGGUGGUGGAGGUGGAGGGGGUAACGGGUACCAUGGGGAGGGUGGUGGCGGGGUGGAUCGACUGCCCUCCUAUGGGCGAGGCCAUGGGACUGCUGAUCCUCGCCAAAAGGAAUGUGCAUUUGGACGAGUUUUAGAUCUUGACCCGCUCAAUGCGAUUGCUGCGACUGCCGAUAUUGAGCGCGUUCCGAAAGCGGCUGCGGGUAACCAUGCCACAGUGAGGAAGGGGGUAAACCAGGGGGUGGGGGAGAAAAGGAGGGGGGUGAGGAGUGCGGGCGAUGGUGCCACUGGCGGGGACCCUCGGAUUUCUGUGGGAGGUCAUGAAGGAGCUGAGGUGGAGUGGGCGGGAAUGGCACCUCUAGUGGUAGCGAUCGUGGGGGUGGAGGGAGGGACCAUUUGUGGUGAAGCUGAGGAGGUGACUUGGCUAUGGGUGGUGGUCGGACACUUGGGGUGGAUCGACUGCCCCUCUAUGGGCGAGGCCAUCGGGCUGCUCAUUCCCUGCAAGGCGCCACUGGACGAGGCGUUCAGGGAGGUGGUGGAGCCGGGCAAGCGGUGGAACGUGGAGGUGGUGAUGAAGCACACACGGAGCAUGAAGAAAGACGUGGGGCUGGUGAUUGAUCUGACCAACACCACGCGUUACUACAACCCAAAAGAAUUCUUCAAGUAUAACGUCAAGUACCUCAAGCUGGCCUGCAGGGGUCGAGACGAGGUGCCAGAUGAUGAGACGGUCAACCGCUUCGUCUAUGUGGCGCUGGACUACAUGCGGGCCACGGAGCGCAAGAAGUACAUUGUGGUGCACUGCACGCACGGGCACAACCGCACGGGCUUCGUGAUCAUCCACUUCCUCAUGCGCGCCAUGGGCGGCCACGUGGCAGAGAGGCUAGCCGAGUUCGCAGAGGCCCGCCCCCCGGGCAUAUACAAGGAGGAGUACAUCCAGGCGCUCUUCUCCUUCUACCACGAGCGGCGCCCCGAGGCGGUGAUCUGCCCCUCCACGCCCGAGUGGAAGGCCACAUUCGACCUGGACCUGGAUCUCAACGUGGCGCUUGAGAUGGACGAGGAGGAGGAGGGAGGAGGCAGCGCAGGAGGUGGUGGUGGCGAUGAUGGCAACGAGGAGUGCGGCGCUGCCGUGCUGCCAGAGCCUGAGGCAAGCAAGGAGGAGGAGGGCAAGAAGAAGAUGACGAUCGACGAUGUGCUGGGGUCGGCAAUACCGGAGGAGCAGCAGAUGGAGCUGCAGCAGCUUGUGUGCACGGGGCUCAAGUCGAACAAUUUUCGGCACUUCCCCGGCUCGCAACCAGUCUCACUGGACCUCAAGAACCUGCAGCUGCUGCGGCAGCGGCUGUACUACGUGACAUGGAAGGCGGAUGGCACGCGCUACAUGAUGCUCAUCUGCCCCGACGGCUGCUACCUCAUCGACAGGAACUUCCGGUUUCGGCGAGUGCAGAUGCGGUUUCCGGCGCGCAAGCACCUACAGCACAAGGCGGCAGACGACUGGGACGUGCAUCGCACCACGCUGCUGGACGGCGAGAUGGUGGUGGAUGAACUGCCCGGCACUGGCGUGCAGGAGCGGCGCUACCUCAUCUAUGAUCUCAUGAUGCUUGAUAGCGUGCCACUGGGGGAUAGGCCGUUCGCAGAGCGGUUUGAGCUGAUCGAGAGGGAGGUGGUGGCGCCGCGCAAGAUGGAUGCAGCCAUGAACCCCCUUUAUGACUACAGUCUGGAGGACUUCAAGGUGCGGCGCAAGGACUUCUACAUGCUGAGCACGGUGGGCAAGCUGCUGCACGACUUCAUCCCCAAGCUCAGCCACGAGUCCGACGGUCUCAUUCUGCAGGGGUGGAACGAUGCGUAUGUGCCGCGCACGCACGAGGGCCUGCUCAAGUGGAAGUAUGCUCACAUGAACUCCGUUGACUUCUGCCUCAAGAAAUCACCGGAGGGCAAGUGGGUGCUGCUGCUCUCCGACAGGAAGAAGCUGCGAGCGCUGCCAGCAGCCAAGUUCACCCACCCUGGCAUGAGUGAGGAGGAGGCAAACGAGCUAGAGGGGAAGAUAGUGGAGUGCUGCUGGAAGAAGGAUGAGGGCGAGUGGGAGUUCAUGCGCGUGCGCACUGACAAGGAGCACCCCAACGCCUGGCACACAUACCUCAAGGUGAUGGAGAGCAUCCGGGACAACAUCACAGAGGAGGUGCUGCUGAAGGAGGUGCAGCACAUUCGCAGCCUGCCAGUGCCUGAGAAGCAGCUGCUCAGGAGUGCGGCAUCAUAUGCACUUACACCCUUCAAUUGCUCCUCUUAUUUCCAUCCUCCCCGGCUUGAUGUAAUCUCGUAUCCUCGUCCUUUCCCCCCUUCAUCCCCUCCCCCCCAUCCUUCCCCCCCCCAUCCUUCCCCCCCAUCCUUCCCCCCCAUCCUUCCCCCCCCAUCCUUCCCCCCCAUCCUUCCCCCCCAUCCUUCCCACCCAUCCUUCCCCCCCAUCCUUCCCCCCCAUCCUUUCCCCGCAUCCUUCUUCCACAUCCGUUCUCCCCUUCCUUUUCCCACAUCCUUAACCCCCACCCAUUCCCUCCCCACAUCUUUUCCCCCUCCCGUGCCCCCCACCCGUGCCCCCCACCCGUGCCCCCCACCCGUGCCCCCCACCCGUGCCCCCCUCCCGUGCCCCCCACCCGUGCCCCCCUCCCGUGCCCCCCACCCGUGCCCCCCUCCCGUGCCCCCCACCCGUGCCCCCCUCCCGUGCCCCCCACCCGUGCCCCCCUCCCGUGCCCCCCACCCGUGCCCCCCUCCCGUGCCCCCCACCCGUGCCCCCCUCCCGUGCCCCCCACCCGUGCCCCCCUCCCGUGCCCCCCACCCGUGCCCCCCUCCCGUGCCCCCCUCCCGUGCCCCCCUCCCGUGCCCCCCACCCGUGCCCCCCUCCCGUGCCCCCCACCCGUGCCCCCCUCCCGUGCCCCCCACCCGUGCCCCCCUCCCGUGCCCCCCACCCGUGCCCCCCUCCCGUGCCCCCCAUCCUUCCCCCCCACCCGUUCCCCCAUGCGCGCCCCAUCACCAGAUUCGACUGGCAGAUCCCGAGGUGGCGUCCAACGCGACAGAGUACAUGCGCAUUGCCAAGUCCGCCGGGGAGAUCGAGGAGGUGGCGAGUGCCUAUGCGGAGUGGAAAGACAAGCAGCAGCAACUGGCUGACGCAAAAGCCCUGAUGAAGGACAGUGCAUCGGACCCGGAGAUGGCGGAGAUGGCGGGGGAGGAGGUGCGCGAGCUGGAGGCGCAGCUAGAGGAGCUGGAGGGGCGGCUCAAGGUGCUGCUGCUGCCCUCCGACCCUCUCGAUGCAAGAAACAUCAUGCUGGAAGUGCGGGCGGGCACAGGAGGGGAUGAGGCGGGCAUCUGGGCAGGCGACCUGGUGAAGAUGUACGGUCGCUACGCUGACAAGAACGGGUGGCGCGUGUCCCCUGUUUCCUGCACUGAGGCGGAGAUGGGGGGCUUUAAGGAAUACGUGAUGGAGAUAGCAGGAGAGCGUGUGUACAGCAAGCUCAAGUACGAGAGUGGUGUGCACCGCGUGCAGCGCGUGCCCGCCACUGAGUCCGCCGGCCGAGUGCACACCUCCACUGCUACCGUUGCCAUUAUGCCUGAGAUAGACGAGGUAGAAGUGGUGAUCGACCCUAAGGACAUAGAGCUCACGACAGCACGGUCGGGCGGGGCGGGCGGGCAGAACGUGAACAAGGUGGAGACGGCGGCGGACCUGUUCCACAAGCCCACGGGCAUCCGCAUCUUCUGCACGGAGGAGCGCUCGCAGCUCAAGAACAAGAUCCGCGCCAUGCAGCUGCUGCGCGCCAAGCUCUAUGAGCGCAUGCUGCAGGAGCAACAGGACGAAGUCAGCUCUCGCAGGCGAUCGCAGGUCGGCACGGGCUCACGUUCUGAGAAGAUUCGAACGUACAACUACAAGGACAACCGUGUGUCGGACCAUCGCACCAAGAUCAACUAUGAUCUCGGCUCUUUCCUCAACGGCGAUAUUGACAACGCCAUUCAGUCCAUGGUGGCCAUGGAGCAGAAGGAGAUGCUGGAGGAGCUGGCAGCGUCCGUGCAAACCAGAGUCUGA